AUGGGAUCAAUAGAUGAGCAUGUGCUGACGCUGGGAACCCUCAACCCCAAUGUUCUAGAGCUGCAGUACGCUGUGAGAGGCCCCAUUGUGAUCAGAGCCACAGAGCUAGAGAAGGAGCUGAAAGCUGGUGUGAAGAAACCAUUCACUCGGGUGGUGAAGGCAAACAUCGGGGAUUGUCAUGCUACUGGUCAGAAACCAAUUACAUUUAUUCGCCAGGUGCUGGCUCUGUGCAAUUACCCAGAUCUGCUGGAUUCAGAUUUGUUCCCCGAGGAUGUAAAAGCCAGGGCUAGAAGGAUUCUAGAUGACUGUAAAGGUAAUAGCAUAGGUUCAUAUUCUGACAGCUGUGGACUUCAAGUUAUCAGAGAAGAUGUUGCCAGGUACAUCUCUGAGAGAGAUGGUUACCCUUCUGAUCCUUCUCAUGUUGUUCUGAGCACAGGUGCUAGCGAUGCCAUCAAGUCGGUCAUGACUCUGCUGUUGACAGCCAAGGGAGGAAAUGACCGAGCAGGAUUUAUGAUCCCAAUCCCUCAGUAUCCGCUGUACUCCGCAGCUAUUUCAGAAUAUGGUGCCUAUCCAAUUCCCUAUUACCUGAAUGAAAAGAAUAAAUGGUCUUUAGAUGUUGCAGAAUUAGAGCGUUCUAUUGCAGAAGCCCGUCCUCACUGCCAGCCUAGAGCCAUUGUUGUCAUCAAUCCUGGUAAUCCAACAGGAUCUGUGCUCACCAAGGAAAACAUCCAGGAAAUUAUCAAGUUUGCCAAGAGAGAAAAGCUCUUUAUUUUAGCGGAUGAAGUUUAUCAACACAACAUUUAUGCAGAGGGCGCUGCCUUUUUCUCCUUCAAGCAGACGCUGAUGGAGCUGGGGUCUCCCUAUGAUCAGAUGGAGUUGGCCUCAUUUAUGUCUGCAUCCAAGGGUUUCAUGGGAGAGUGUGGAUACAGAGGGGGCUAUGCAGAGGUGAUUAACUUGUUGCCAGAAGUGAGAGCGAACUACUACAAGAGUAUCUCAGCCAAGCUGUGCCCCCCAAUUUCUGGUCAGGCUGUUGUGGACUGUGUGGUGAAUACACCCAAGCCAGGAGAUCCAUCAUAUGAGCUCUUCAUCAGAGAGAAAGAGGAUGUUCUGGCUAAACUGAAGGAAAAGGCGGCUUUGAUAACACAGCUGUUCAAUUCUAUUGAAGGAAUCUCUUGUAAUGAGGUCGCUGGAGCCAUGUAUGCCUUCCCCCGCAUCUAUCUCCCAGAGAAAGCCAUCAAGGCUGCGGAAGCGGUUGGUCAGACUCCAGACAGCUUCUAUUGCUUUGCCCUGUUGGAGGAGACUGGUAUCUGUACCGUGCCUGGCAGUGGGUUUAGGGAGGAGGAAGGGACAUUUCACUUCCGCACAACCAUCUUGCCGCCGGUUGAGGAGCUUCGAGAAGUGCUGACCAACUUUAAGACUUUUCAUCUGAAUUUCCUAGCCAAAUACAAGUAG